AGGCGUUCAAAAAAGUCAGAGAAAGUUUUUCUUUAUUUGCACAUUGGGUCGUUGGGUUGGCAAUGAUCUCUGAGCAUCUGAGCACUGAGCAGAGCAGACGAUGCAAGACGUUUCUGAAAACGAUGUAAUUUACAGAUUAUGACAGAGCUUAAUAUAGUAAUCUUACGUCUCUACGGCUCUGUAACAUUACUUGUGGUAAAUUGAUUUUCAUUUUUUCUUCCUUAACCUUGACCAGACGAAAAUGUCAGCGGCAAAAGGCGCUGCGAAAGGAUUUCGUAAAGCUGUAGAAAAGAAAAUUUUUCAUGGACCUCUUAAGACUUAUAUUCCUGCUGGAAUGGCGUCUGGUUCCCCACCACUGGGAACCCAACUUGGUGCGAGAGGAGUCAAUAUUCCGGCUUUUGUAAAAGAUUUCAAUGAAAGGACAAAAAACCACAAGCCUGGCAUACCAAUACCGAGUAUUGUAGAGGUGAAAGCAGACCGAUCUUACAAACUUACAUUACAGCUUCCACCAAUGCCGUAUUACCUAUUUCAAGCUGCUGGCAUUACCCGAGGUGCAAUGAAACCAUCUGUGGAAGUCGCUGGGAAGAUAACAUUAAAACAUGUCUAUGAAAUAGCUAACAUCAAAAGUCAAGAUAUACGUUAUCAAGCCAGUACCUUGCAAGAAGUAGUAGAAAAUGUUAUAUUUUAUGCAAGACACUGUGGAAUUGCAGUGGUAAAAGAUUUGGACCCCAAUGAGUAUGGCCAAUUUCUGGAAGAGAGAUCAAAAAUAAUUGAGGAACAGAGGGCAGAGAUACAAGAAAAACGAGAGGCCAAAUUAUUGCGAACCGGCUGAAUAACCAUCUCUGGCUGUAGAUUAAUAAAUAGUUUUAUUUGAAAA